GUGUGCUCUUUGUAGGCAAGCCUGUAACUGGACGCCAGGUGGUCUGUGAUUGGCUGAGUCGAGGCCCUCUCUCCCCCGUCUUCUUUUUCUGGUGCAUAUGCAUGAGAUAGCAGGCUGGUGUGUGCCUGUGCAGCUGCUUGUUCUAGACAGGAAAAGAGAGGGAGAGAAACAGGAGCGAGACAUUGGGGAAGGUUAGAGGAAGAGGAAUAGAGAAAGGAAAUCGGGUGAGGAGACGGAGGGCGACUGUGAUUGGGGGGGUUGUGGUAGCCAUGUCUAUUUUCUGUUUGUCUGGCUGGCUAUGAGAUCAGGCAGCCAUGGCCAUGUCACUGAGCGCCGACGAUGAGGAUUACGACUCGGACACAGCCGAACAGCAACGGCUUCCCAACAGACCCAAGCCUAAAAUGGCUGCAUCAACAGCAACAACUCCGGCAGCAACCACAUCUUCAUCCACUGCUACAGCGGUCAAGCUGCCAUCCAAUCGAACCUCCUCUGGAGCUCGCCGCAGGCGCACACGAUGCCGGAAGUGCGAGGCAUGUGUGCGGACGGAAUGUGGAGAGUGUCACUUCUGUAAGGACAUGAAGAAGUUUGGAGGACCUGGUCGAAUGAAACAGUCUUGCAUUAUGAGACAAUGUAUAGCGCCUGUGUUGCCGCACACAGCAGUGUGUGUGGUAUGUGGUGAAGCUGGUAAAGAAGACACACUUGAUGAUGAAGAUGAAAAAUUUAACGCCAUGCUCAUGGAGUGCUCUAUCUGCAACGAGAUUGUCCACCCAAACUGCCUCAAGGUAAAGGAUGCAGCCGGGGUAGUAAAUGAUGAGCUUCCUAACUGCUGGGAAUGUCCAAAAUGCAAUUAUGCUGGAAAAACUGGAAAAUUGUCUUUUGUAUUUUCUUGCCACUCUUUGGCCUGCAAGCAAAAACGGGGCCCAGGCUUUAAGUACGCAUCCAACCUGCCAGGGUCCCUUCUGAGGGAGCAAAAAGCAGGUCGUGACGGUAGAGAGGAAGGGGACCAGACAUUGACAGGUGCAGCAUCCAUCAAAAGGAAGAGUGAGAGGGAGGAAACUCCCAGGCUGAAGACUGAGGAUCUUCCCUCACGUCUACCCCCACUCUUGACCCCCAGUGGCCUGCCAAGACCACGAUCCGAAGUUCCCAACUUCUUAAGGAAGAAGAGGAAGUUAUUUGAUGACGAUGAAGAGGAAGAGGAGGCUAGUGCUAAAAAGAAGCCGAAGAAACCCUGGAGGUCUGAAGAGCCUUUGAUUCCCAAACUCUCUCACAUGAGAACAGAAGAGGAGGAAGACAACUCUGAUGAGGAGGAAGAGAGGCAGGAGAAGCGAGAACCGCCUCGUCGUUCAUUUAAGAAAGACUACAGCACAGUGAGAAAAGAGGAAGUGCAUGAAGAAGAGAGACGGGAGGAGAGAGAUUCACCUUUCAGAUCCCUAAAGGAGUUUAACACCCUAAAGAAAGAAGAAGACCAAGAAGAAGACAAAGACGAAGAUGAUGAGGAAGAGGAGGAUGAGAGUAAUGGCAAACGAGGCAGGGACAGCAGCCCUGCACUGAAGAACCAUUCUUUAUCGCUUGAGAGUGACGCAUCGCGGUGCAGCUCCCCAAGGGCAGGGCCGAGCAGUGAAGGCAGUGAGACGCAAGAAAAGGCACCACGUCCUCGGGCGAGGCGACACCGGCGGAAGCCCCCUAACCGCCAGCUUAGCGCAGAACUCAGCAAGCAGCUUAACAUGGAGAUCCGUCGCACAGAGCAUUCACUGGCCAAUGAGAACCAGCAGCCACUCAAGAGUGAACCCGAGGACAGCGAGAACGAGGAACCAAAGAGAGGCUUACGGAACGGGACUUCAGGGAAUGUAGGAGGAGGAGGUGGAGGAGUAGAAAGGGGAGCAGGCGGAGAGGGAGGAGGGGAGCGACCACACUUACGAGCAAGGGAGAUGAACGGGACGUCUUGGGAGCUGCGGCACUUCUACCCUCCUCAGAUCACCCCACUUGGCUUGAACCGCAGUUCACCUACAGUCAGACCACUUCCUGCACGUUCCCCUCCCAAGUGUGUUCAGAUGGAGCGGCAUGUGAUCCGGCCACCUCCAAUUUGCCCUCCACCUGAUAGGCUACCACUAGCUGAUGGGCGUAAUCAUAUUGUGCCCAGAGAAGCGUGGUUGGCUAUCUUCAGUCACUUGAGCCAUCGUGAACUUUGUGUGUGCAUGCGCGUGUGCAGGACAUGGAAUCGCUGGUGUUGUGACAAGAGAUUGUGGACUCAUAUCGAUUUGAAGCGCUGUAAGUCCAUCACACCACUCAUGCUGAGUGGGAUAAUUCGCAGACAGCCCAUCACUUUGGACUUGAGCUGGACCAACAUCUCCAAGAAGCAAUUAAGCUGGCUUAUUAACCGACUACCAGGACUGAGGGUGCUCCUCCUAUCAGGCUGUUCAUGGGUGGCCGUUUCGGCUCUCUGCACAUCCAGCUGUCCUCUACUGCGUACUCUAGAUCUGCAGUGGGUGGAGGGGCUCAAAGACCCCCAGAUGAGGGACCUACUAUCCCCUCCGACUGACAACAGACCAGGUCAGAUGGACACACGCAGCAAACUACGGAAUGUUACUGACCUGCGUCUGGCUGGUUUGGACCUCACGGACUGCUCUCUGCGUCUCAUAAUUAAAAAUAUGCCUCUACUCUCCCGUCUGGACUUGAGUUACUGCAACCAUAUCAAUGACCAGUCAGUAAACCUGCUGACUGCUGCAGGGACCACCACGAGAGACUCCCUAACCGAUGUCAACCUUUCUGUGUGCAACAGGGUCACUGAUCAGUCACUGAGUUACUUCAAACGCUGCGGAAGCAUCUGCCGCAUUGACCUGCGAUUUUCCAAGCAGGUGAGCAGACAGGCAUGUGAGCGCUUCAUUGCUGAGAUGUCGGUCAUUGUUCCCUUCAAACUGCAAGAGGAUAAACUGCUCCAAAAACUACACAGCACCCCCUAGUGUCUGGGAGGAAUUGAACACCAGUCUAAAAUGAUACCAUGUAUCAGGUGCACUCAUGUGUUCGGACUGAAACUGGAUUCGCACACUUAAAAAAAAAAAAAAAAGCACUGCAACACGUAUGUGGACAAAGCGUUUGGUCAUCUUCUUUCAAACUGGAGAGAAGAGCAGACGUAUUGUACUUAAAGGCACAUAAUUCUGCUCCUAGUCUGAAUGGUGUAUUUUAAUGAUGAUGGACUUUAUUCUUCAAAUUCUGUUAAUCUUUAAGAGGAGAUGUAUGUGUUAUUACCAGGAAAUUGUAUUUAAAUGGUGGUGUAGUAGAAAGCAGAGGAAGUAAUGGGUAUAUAUACACACAACAUCCACAUACUCACUGGAUACUACACACACCUCUUAA